CACUCUUCCCUCCUUUGUUCAUCAAAACAAAAACAGCAACUCUUGAUUCACUUCAUCAUUAACACAAUCACAAACACCAAAUCAAAUCAAACACUUCCCUUACUACUAGCACAAAUUACCAAACAAAAUCUACUCAUAUUCUUUCAUCAUUUUAGCACAUCAAAUCUCUAUAUCACUACCCUAAUUUCCUCUCCUCUCCCACAAUAUAAACACCAUUCUUCUCCUUCAUUCUCACACACAAACACUUCACAAUAUACAACAUUCAUUCACAUUCAACCUUUCAUUUUACCUUCAACACCAAAAAAUGGCUCCCAAUUUGAGCAAACAAUCCCCCACCAUCACCAAACACAUGAAUGGCUUCAACCCUUCACCCUUCACCCUUGAAGAGUCAACCCUAAAAGUCAACGGCCACGUCAUCCUCUCCGAUGUUCCCAAAAACAUCACCACCACCCCAUGCACCUACUCCUCCUCCACAACCUCCACCGGCUGCUUCCUCGGCUUCCACGCCACCAAGCCCCACAGCCGCCACGUGGCACCUCUGGGGAAACUCAAAAACAUCAACUUCACCAGCCUCUUCCGGUUCAAGGUCUGGUGGACCACCCUCUGGGUCGGGUCAAACGGCCGAGACCUCGAAACCGAAACCCAGUUCCUCAUGCUGAAGAAUUCGGACCCUGAACCGGGUUCCGAUUCGGGUUCGGGUCGACCCUAUGUUCUCUUCGUCCCCAUCAUCGAAGGUUCAUUCAGAGCAUCACUCCAAGGCUCCGGCGACGACACCGUCGAGGCCUGCGUGGAAAGCGGGUCGACCAAGGUCACCGGAGAUUCCUACUCCGCCGUGGUGUACCUCCACGCCGGCGACGACCCAUUUUCGCUGGUGAAAGAAGCGAUGAAGGUGGUUCGGACCCAUCUCGGAAGCUUCAACCUCUUGGAAGACAAGACCCCGCCGGGGAUCGUCGACAAGUUCGGGUGGUGCACGUGGGACGCGUUCUACCUCACGGUGCACCCUCGCGGCGUUCUGGAAGGCGUGAAGGGGUUGGUGGAAGGUGGUUGUCCGCCGGGGAUGGUGCUGCUCGACGACGGGUGGCAGUCCAUUGGUCACGACUCCGACCCGGUGACGAAGGAAGGGAUGAACCACACGGUGGCGGGGGAGCAAAUGCCGUGCCGGUUGAUAAAGUUUGAAGAGAAUUACAAGUUCAGAGACUAUGGAAAAGAGGGUGAGAAGAAGGGGUUGGGUGCGUUUGUGAAGGAGUUGAAGGAGGGGUUUGAGACGGUGGAGUAUGUGUAUGUUUGGCAUGCGAUGUGUGGGUAUUGGGGUGGAGUGAGGCCUGGUGUGGAGGGGUUGCCGGAGGCGGUGGUGGAGACUCCUCUGUUGUCGCCGGGGUUAAAGGGGACCAUGGAGGAUUUGGCGGUGGAUAAGAUGGUGAGUCAUGGGGUUGGAGUGGUCCUGCCUCAGUUUGUGGAUUUGAUGUAUGAAGGACUUCACUCACACUUGGAAGCUUCUGGGGUUGAUGGGGUCAAGGUUGAUGUCAUGCAUUUGCUAGAGCUGGUGGCUGAGAAAUAUGGUGGCAGAGUUGAUUUGGCAAAGGCAUAUCACAAGGCUUUCGCAGCUUCAGUGAGGAAACAUUUCAAAGGCAAUGGUGUCAUUGCCAGCAUGGAGCACUGCAAUGAUUUCAUGUUGCUAGGAACUGAAACCAUAUCCCUUGGUCGUGUUGGUGAUGAUUUCUGGCCAACCUGUGACAACAGUGGUGACCCAAAUGGCACAUUUUGGCUGCAAGGGUGUCACAUGGUGCACUGUGCCUACAACAGUUUGUGGAUGGGGAACUUCAUCCACCCAGAUUGGGACAUGUUCCAGUCCACACACCCUUGUGCUGCUUUUCAUGCUGCCUCAAGAGCCAUUUCUGGUGGACCAAUCUAUGUCAGUGACAAAGUUGGGAGUCACAACUUUGAACUCCUCAAGACUUUGGUCUUGCCUGAUGGGUGCAUCCUGAGAUGUGAGCACUAUGCACUCCCCACUAAGGACUGUCUCUUUGCUGAUCCUCUCCAUGAUGGCAAAACAAUGCUCAAGAUAUGGAACCUCAACAAGUACACUGGAGUUCUUGGGGUAUUUAACUGCCAAGGAGGAGGUUGGUCUCGUGAGCAUAGAUCCAACAAAGGUGCUGCUGAGUUUUCUCAUCUGGUAUCAACCAAGAUCAGCAUCCAAGACAUUGAGUGGAACAGUGGUAAGAACCCAAUCUCCAUUGAAAAAGUCCAACUUUUCGCCUUGUAUUUCAGCAAAGCAAAGAAGCUCCUCCUCUCAUCACCAUCCGACCGCGAAGAAAUCUCAUUGGAGCCAUUCGAUUUCGAGCUCGUAACGGUUUCCCCUGUUGUCACUGCCUCCUUGGCUUCCAAGUCUGUGCAGUUUGCUCCUGUUGGUUUGGUGAAUAUGCUCAACACUGGUGGAGCAAUUCAAUCCUUGGAUUUUGAUGAGGCUCAGAAUUUGGUUCAAGUUGGAGUAAGAGGCACAGGAGAGAUGAGAGUGUUUUCUUCAGAGAGACCAAGUGCUUGUAGAAUUGAUGGGAAAGAAGCUGAUUUUGAAUAUGAAGGUUCCAUGGUCAUUAUUCAAGUACCUUGGCCUAGCUCUUCCAAGUUGUCAUAUGUUCAGUAUAUAUUCUGAGCAUGGGAUUGACUCAGAUAUAUAAUUAUUAUUAUUAUUCAGUUUUUUUUUUCAUUGUGAACAAUGUUAAGGGUCUUUUUUUAUCCCUUAUUUGCUUUGCAUGACUGAUAACUUGCUUUCUAGUUUUACUCUUCACUGAGAGGGAAGCAACUGAGUUAUUGGAUUAUUGUAUCUAUGAUCAAACUUCAAAGCAUGUUUCUUUCUUUUUUAAAUGAAUGUCAUUUUUUUUCUUUUUCUC